AUGGCAAGGGAGUUCCCAAGUGUUCAUCAUCAGCAAUUGUUACGAGAGGCAGGCUCAGCUUCAAACGAAACCUCAUCCACAUUAACGCGGAAAAGGAGGAAAAUUCAACCAGAAAUUAUAGAUGUUGACGCGUCAGACGAGGAUAGCAGUGAUUUGGAUGAUGAUUUUGAAGAUGUAGAUUUAACGGCAAGGCAGGAUAUUGUAGGGUCAGACUUAGCGGCAAGGCAGGAUAUUGUAGGGUCAGACUUAGCGGCGAGGCAGGAUAUUGUAGGGUCAGACCUAACGGCAAGGCAAGAUAUCUUUAGAUCAGACUCAAAUUCGGGGGAGUCCGAGGAUUUUGAAAAUGUGGACUUCACCAUGGUAGCUGAUGCACCUCGUUUCUUCCACAAUGAAAAGGAAGAACAAGCAAAGGACGACGUUUUAACAAUAAGGCUUCAAAGUAAAGAUGAACAUAGCUGCAUCAGCAGCAAAAAGGGUAGGGUAAAUUUCAUAAGUCGUGAAGAGCGACAAAAGCGGAUACUUGUUCACAAGUUGUAUCUUGUAUUGAUGGUGACUCAUUUAAUUGUAAGAAAUAGAUGGUGCAAUGAUAAGGAAUUGGGCGCUACUUUGAAACGAGCGUGCUUGACUCGACAAAUAGCACAACUGCUCGAGUUUCGGCAUGAUAUUCUGUCGGCUGUUGGCUCUCGAAGAUUACUAGACGGGUUGAAGAAGCUAUUGACGAUUUUUGCUUCAAAGUAUAGAGUAACUAGCCAAGGACUCAUACGAAAAGAGUGGCAUGAACUAAAGAUUGCCCAGGACUCGGAUAUUGUAACCAGGAAAACGUUUAAAAGAUUGGUAGCCCAUUUCCGCGGAAGCAGGGAUGUUGCAGCGCAAGGGUUUGUGACUCUUUUAAGAAGUUUGGGGCUAAACGCGAGGUUGGUGUUUUCUUUGCAACCACCUGAUUACACAUUGGUGACGGAAACGGCUACGAUAAAUUCACUGCCUCACCCCCAAGAAAACAUUUUUGGAGUUCAAUCCAAAAAUCUUCAAGUUGCUCAUAAAGAUGUGAAAUUCGAAGAUUCACCUUAUCCAAUAUUCUGGGCAGAGGUUUUUGAUAGGUAUAAAAACACAUGGAUAAGUAUCGACCCUAUAGUCAUGAAAACAAUUGAUGUUUGUCCAAAAAAGAAAAAAUCGCUUUUUGAACCGCCUGCAACAGAUGUGCGAAAUCAAUUACUGUACGUGUUGGCCGUGGAUAAACGUGGCAGAGUACGUGAUGUUACUAGGCGCUACAGCUUUAACUACAAUGCACGUACAAUUAAAAAGAGAAUAGAGUUUAGGUCGGAGGAAGACAAGGAGUGGUAUGAUAGAGUAUUGAAUUAUAAGAAAAGGGAGUCCCGUACUAUUAGCGAUAUCUACGAAUUGAAAGAAUUCCACGAACGCGACUUGUCAGAAGGAAUGCCUAAUAAUAUUCAGGCAUUUAGGAACCAUCCAAUAUAUGCGCUAGAGUCACAGCUAAAGCAAAAUGAAGUGAUAUACCCCAAGGACAAAACAAGCGUGUGUGGUACCUUUAGACCAAAAAACUCCUCUGGAAAAUUGUUGGACGUUUACAAGAGGUCUUGUGUUAAAAGGCUAAGAUCUGCAAAGGCAUGGUAUAUGAGAGGAAGGGUGUUGAAAGUUGGUGCUAUGCCAAUGAAGUACAAGAAAGGUUCCAGCAUCAAUGGGGAAGAAGAAGUGCGGCUUUAUGCUGAGUUUCAAACAAAGUUGUAUGUUCCUCCAGUUGUUGAAGAUGGGAAAGUUCCCAAAAAUCUUUUUGGAAAUAUUGACAUCUAUACGGACUCCAUGAUACCGGGAAAUUGUGUAUUGGUAAAGGUGAAUGACACGAUAACUGUAAAGAUGCUUCAAAAAACGGCAUCUUUGUUGAAUAUAGAUUAUGCAACGGCGAUAGUUUCUUUUGACUUUACAAAGAGAAACCGAGGCGUACCUAAUGCGAAGGAAGGAGGAAUUGUGAUUUUGAAAGAUCACGAAGAAGCUAUGGGAGUCUCUUUAGAGCAUGUUAUUGAAAUGGAGGCAAAUGAGCGACGGUUGAUGGUUGAAUCCAAUGCAUUACAAAACUGGAAUUAUUUUUUACUCAAAUUGCGAUUAAAGGACCGUCUUAAUAAAUCACAUGGUUUUGUAGAUGAAGAAGUGGAAUCGAAGGGGGAAGUGGAGGUGGAGGAUGAUUCAACAAGUGAGGGAGAUUCUUUCCAAGAUGGCGGAUUUUUGGCUAAUGAUACAAAAGAUAACAAUAGAUUUGAGAGCUCUGAAGAUGAAGAUGAAGAGGAUGAUGAAGAGGAUGAUAGUGAAGUAGGUGGCGGCUUUAUGACUGAAGAUUCCUCAAAAUCAGUCGAGGGAGCGCAAGAAUGUGAAGUUAUUGCUGAUGACGGUGAUGAGAUAUCUCACAGGAGGCUGAAAAGGAUUGCAAAUACAAGGCUUACCAAACAUUUCAAGACGGGGCACUAUAAAAAUGAAAAUGAAAAUUCAACUGAGUCAUUAAGAGGGCCAACAACUAUUCGUGUAAGCUCGCUGUCGGAGGUAGAUCUUGGUAUACAACUGGAAAAAGAGAAUGACAACAGCAAUGAGAGUAGUUUAGAGUUUGAUUAUGAUAGUGAUUGA